AAUAUACUUUGCAAAUAAAAAAAGAUAUAGAUUAGUUACUAUCUUCAGAGUAUUUUAAAACAAUGAAGUUAGUCACUUAUAAUUCGUAAUUGUACAUAGUCAAUGUAUUAUUAUGUCUUUUGCAUACAUAGCUACAUACGGAAAAUUCACAAUAUAGUUUUGGACAUUUAACGUGUAAAUUUAGAAAAGUUAAUCAGCAAUGACUGACGAUUCCAAUGGAGAAUCUACAUUCGAAUUUGUUGAAAGAAAGACAGAUGAAUCAUCUACAUCUGGAGAAAUAGUAAAAACGGAUUCUUUUAGCAGUUUAUCAUCAUCAACAUCUUUAUUAAUGCCACUAGGCAUUUCAACAUCUACAGGCAAUUUAUUAUCAAAUGUAGCACCACCUAGUGCAUUACCUAGCUUUAUUUCAAAUUCUGGAACAUUGAUAUCAGAAAGGCCUAGUAAUUUGGAAUCAUCUACGCAAAAGAAAUUUCAUGAACAGGAACCUACUAAAUCUAUGUUAAAUACUAUUAUUCAAUCUAAACCAUUACAGCAAGAAACACAUCAAACAACUGUAACUUCUAUUAUUACUCCGUCCACACAAAAUGUACCAACUACAAUACCAUCAGAAACUGUGACUCAAGAUUCAGGAAUGGUUGGAGUUGGUUUAUUGUCAUGGGUUAAAGAAACAGUAGUAAAUAGUAAUGUAUUGAGCAAAGUUGCAGAAAAAGCAAAAAAUAGUGUUAAUACUAUGAUCACAACAUUAGAUCCUCAGAUGCGUGAGUUCAUUUAUUCUGGUGGUGACAUGGAGAUUAUAGUUGCAUCAGACAAAGAUGUUAAAAUAAGUCCUGUACGUCAGGCUUUUCAAACUGUUUUUGGAAAAGCAACAGUAACUGGUGUCUCAGUAGAAACUUCUGCUGUAGCUGCUCAACCAGUUGGUUUUGCUGCUGGUGUAAAAGGAGCAGAAGAGAGAAUUAAUUCUGCACGAAAUAUUCCAACUCUUCCAAAAGAUAUACCUAUAAUUGCAGUGGAAAAUUUUUUGUUAGAAGUUGGUGAAGAUAAGUGGUAUGAUUUAGGGGUGAUACUUCUUAAUGACCCCAAACGUAAUGUGAAUUUACAAACCUUCACUCAAAUGACUCCAGUACCAAGUCAAAUAGUAACAAUGGCACAAGAAGCUACACCUGAAGAUUAUCCUCUUAAAUGGUCUGGAUUGUCAGUUACUGUUGGUAGUUUAAUGGCAAAUAGCUUACAGGUUAAUCACAAUGAAUGGCAUCAUGCACUUACUGGAAUUUCCAGAAGAGAUAUUAUACUUUUAGCAGUUCAAUCACUAGCUGGAAUUUAUAAAAAUACAAUUAAUCCUGUCUAAAUUUUUAUGAAGAGUACAUCGACGCAAUUUAUCAAUGAAUUGCGUUUUUGUAAAUAUAAUUAUAAUAAUAGUAUACUUGUAUCAGUUGCAAAAUUUAUAUUUUAGGCUCUUACUUUAAAUAAGUAUCUAACAUUUUAUCACAUUGUUGAAACGAAGAUUCAAUUUCAAUUAAUGUGACAUACUUCUAUUAAAUUAGUAUUUAUAAAUUAAGAAAAUGUAUUUUAAUUAUAUGUGGCAAUAUGUACAAAAAAUCAAAGAAAUCAAGACAAAAUAUAUAAAAAAAUAGAUUUGGUAUACUGAAUGUGAUUAUUUCAUCACAUGUUAAUGAUAAAUAUUUUAUUAAAAUAAAGGUAUAUUUUAUUAAAAUAAAAUAAUUAAUAAUUUU